AACGCUCAAGCCCUUGGGUGUGAGCAAAACAGACAACUGUGAAAAACUCACCACUCUGUUGGAGAGUUACAAGAUGUACCAUCACGAAGACGACACCAACAGUGACAUGAACAGUGACGACGACAUGAGCCGAAGUGGGAGAGAAACCCCAUCCCCUCGACCAUCUCAUGCUUUCAGCAGUGAGCGAGACCUGGAGCACAGGGGCAGAAGCAGAGAUGUGGAGCCUCGAGACCGCUGGCCAUACACCAGGAAUCCCAGAAGCAGGAUGCCUCAACGGGAUCUUUCUCUCCCUGUGAUGUCAAGACCACAUUUCGGACUGGAAAGAGAUGAUGACAGACGUUCCAUGGAUUAUGAGUCUCGAUCCCAGGAUGCUGAAUCAUACCAGAAUGUUGUGGAACUCAAAGAGGACAAGAAGCCUCAGAAUCCAAUUCAGGACAACCUGGAGAACUACAGAAAGCUGCUCUCACUGGGAGUCCAGCUUGCCGAAGAUGACCGACACUCUCACAUGACACAAGGCCACUCAUCGAGGUCCAAGAGAACUGCCUACCCAAGCACCAGUCGAGGUCUGAAACCCAUGCCUGAAGCCAAAAAGCCGUCCCACAGGCGUGGAAUCUGCGAAGACGAAUCUUCUCAUGGAGUGAUAAUGGAAAAAUUCAUCAAGGACGUGUCACGCAACCCCAGAUCUGGAAGAGCAAGGGAGCUGAAUGAGCGUCCUCCUCCGAGGUUCCCCAGACCUAACGACAACUGGAAGGGCAGUUCCUCAAACAAAAGAGAGUCAGUGAACCAGGAGAGGGGUUAUGAAGGGAGCUCGUUCAGGGGAGGCUUCCGGUUCAAUGCAGGCCUGGUUUCUAGAAGCCGAGCUCUAGAAAGAAAGAGGCGUUACCACUUUGAUUCUGAAGAGAGGGGUUCUGGUCAUGAGCAUAAAAGUUGUGUGAGGAAGAAGCCUUUUGAAUGUGGUAGUGAGAUGAGACAGGCUAUGAGCAUGGGCAACCUGAGCAGCCCUUCCCUCUCUGAGGCGCAGUCAGCCAAUUCGGGGGCAAACCAAUACGUGUGUGAUGAGUGCGGGAGGUCGUUCAGUGUCAUCUCUGAGUUUGUUGAGCACCAGAUCAUGCACACUAGGGAGAACCUCUACGAAUACGGAGAGUCCUUUAUUCACAGCGUGGCUGUCAAUGAGGUGCAAAAAGGUCAGGGUAGGGGGAAACGCUUUGAGUGUAAGGAAUGUGGAGAAACCUUCAGUAGGAGUGCCGCCCUGGCACAGCACCGCCAAAUCCAUGCUAGAGAGUAUCUUGCAGAAUGUAGAGAUCAGGAGGAUGAGGAGACCGUCAUGCCUAGCCCGACCUUUAGUGAGCUGCAGAAGAUGUAUGGCAAAGAUAAGUUCUAUGAGUGCAAGGUGUGCAAGGAGACCUUUCUGCACAGUUCCGCCCUGAUUGAGCACCAGAAAAUCCAUGGUAGAGGCAACUCAGAUGACAGAGAUAACGAGCGUGAGCGCGAACGUGAUCGCCUACGUGCACGUGCACGGGAGCAGCGUGAACGCGAACGCGAACGUGAACGCGAACGGGAGCGUGAGCAUGAGCAUGGGGAACCCUUUCUGACCUGCCCAAACUUCAAUGAGUUUCGGAAGAUGUACAGGAAAGAGAAAAUCUAUGAGUGUACAGUGUGUGGGGAGAGCUUUCUUCAUCUCUCAUCCCUGAGGGAGCAUCAGAAAAUCCAUACCAGAGGAAACCCAUUUGAAAACAAGAGCAGGGUGUGCGAGGAGACCUUUGUCCCUAGUCAGUCUCUCAAACGGCGCCAGAAAACUUACAGAGAGAAGCUGUUCGACUUCAACAACGCCAGAGAUGCGUUGAUGGGAAGCUCAGAUCCCAGCGAGCAUCAGAAAAAUCGUUCCCGAAAGAAUUUCUUUGAGGGCAGAGGAUUCGAGAAACCCUUUGUCGAAUCUCAGAAGAGUCAUACCAUAACAAGACCACCUGAAAACAGAGACGAUGACAAGCCAUUCACCAUCAGUGUCAACCCUAAUGACAAGCUGAAAUUCUCCGCCAUGGAAAGUAGCUCCCAGGGCAAAUCCUAUGAGAGGUCUGUUAUUCACAGCUUGGGCUCCCCAGAAGCUCAGAAGAGUCGUGUACUAGGGUUCCGUAAACCAAAAUCAGUGACAGAGUCUAGCACCCAGACCCCAAGCACCAUUGACUACCCCAGAACCUACUCUGGAGGGAUCACCUAUGAAGGAAAGGAAUACAAGGGCUCCGUCAUCCACAGCUUGCCUGCUCCUCGACCUCUGAAACGUCAUAGAGUAAGUGACCAGAUUCAAUGUGAUGAGGAGGGAGAAUCCUCCAUUUAUAUCCCAGAUAUUAUUAAGCGAAGGAAGAUUCCUGCCAGAGAAGACGCUUAUGAAGGAAGUAGCAGCAGCAGCUACCACACACCGAAUGUACCCCGUGCCGAGCCUCCAAGUGUUUCUGGAGAGACCCGUGAAUCUAAGCAGGAUGUCACGUUUUCAGUUCCCAGCUCAAGUGUUCGUGAACACCAGAAAGCCCGUGCCAAAAAGAAGUACAUUGAGCCCAGGAGCAAUGAGCCCUCUGUUAUCCACUCACUCCCUUUUGGUGAAUUGCUGGCAGGUCACCGUAGGGCCAAGUUCUUUGAGUGUCAGGAAUGUGGGGAGGUCUUUGCUCGUAGGUCUGACCUCAUUGAGCACCAGAAGAUUCAUGAUAGAGAAAGACCUUCUGGAAGCCGACACUAUGAGCGCUCUGUCAUCCGCAGCCUUGCCCCCAGUGACCCUCAGACCAGUUAUGCCCAAGAACGUUUCAUUCAAGAACAAGUGCGUAAAUUCAGAGCAUUUGGACAGCGUUCUACCACCAGCAACAACCUCAGUGUACAGAAAAUCUAUGCCCAAGAGAAAUUUAAUGCCGAGGAGCCCCAUGAUAAAGAAACUCAUGGUCAAAAAAUUCAUGACAAAGAGCCAUAUGGUAAGGAGCCCAGUGGCCAGGACCCCCAUGGUGAUGAACCCCAGGACAAAGAACCCCAGGACAAAGAACCCCAGGACAAAGAACCCCAGGACAAAGAACCCCAGGACAAAGAACCCCAGGACAAAGAAUCCCAGGACAAAGAACCCCAGGACAAAGAACCCCAAGACAAAGAACCCCUUGAUCAGGAGAUGCGCAGUGAAGAGCCCCAUGGCGAUCAGCCCCAUGGCCAGGAGCCUCAUGGUGAUGAGCCACAUGACAAGGAACCCGUUGAUCAGGAGAUGGCCAGUGAAGAGCCCCAAGGCGAAGAGUCCCAUGGCCAGGAGAAAGCUGAAGACAUUACUAUUGAGACCUCAGUGUCUGAGGAGCCCCAGAAAGACGAUACUGGUGAUGCUAUCUAUGAAUGCCAGGACUGUGGGCUGGGCUUUGCUGAUCUCAAUGACCUCACAAGUCACCAGGAUGUCCACAGCAGAAAGUCCCUGGUUGACAGUCGUGAAUAUACACAUUCUGAAGUUCACGUCCACUCCGUCAGCGAAUUUGAGAAAAAGUACUCUGGAGAGAAACUGUAUGAAUGUCCAAAAUGUGGAGAGUCUUUCACUCACAGCUCAUUACUUUUCGAGCACCAGAGAGUCCACGAACAAGACCAGACGUAUUCUGUAAAGGCCUGUGAUGAUGGUUUCGUCGCCCUGUUGCCUGCGAGACCAAGGAGGAAUUGUACUGUAGAGAGGAAUCCUGCUGUUUCUGGGUCAGCCAUUCGAUGCCGUCAGUGUGGACAAGGCUUCAUUCACAGUUCUGCCCUAAAUGAGCACAUGAGACAGCACAGAGAUAAUGAAAUACUGGAACAGAAUGAACUGGCAGACGAGAUUUUCAUUCAAGGCCUAGCCCUCACCGAGUAUCAGGGAAGUGAAACCGAAGAGAAGCUUUUCGAAUGCACAAUCUGUGGGGAAUGCUUCUUCACUGCCAAACAGCUCGGAGACCACCACACCAAAGUUCAUAAGGAUGAGCCCUAUGAAUAUGGGCCCUCCUACACCCAUGCCUCCUUUCUCACCGAGCCCCUCAGGAAGCACAUCCCACUGUACGAAUGCAAAGACUGCGGGCAGUCCUUCCUAGACGACACCGUCAUCACUGAGCGCAUGGUGUUUCAUCCUGAGCGAGAGGGGGGAUCAGAAAUAGUAGCUGCCACUGCCCAAGAGGUCGAAGCCAAUGUCCUCAUUCCACAAGAAGUACUGCGAAUCCAGGGGUCAAACGCAGAAGCUGCUGAGCCCGAAGUGGAGGCCGCUGAGCCUGAGGUGGAGGCCGCUGAGCCUGAGGUGGAGGCCGCUGAGCCUAAUGGAGAGGCUGAAGGACCAGACGGAGAAGCUGCUGAGCCUGAUGGAGAGGCUGAGCAACCCAAUGGAGAGGCUGAACAGCCAAACGGUGAUGCCGAUGAACCGGACGGAGCUGGGAUCGAAGACCCAGAAGAGAGAGCCGACGAGCCAGAGGAAGACGUUGAAGAGCCAGAAGGAGAUGCAGAUGAGCCCGAUGGCGCAGACAUUGAAGACCCAGAAGAAGAAGGAGAAGAUCAAGAGAUUGAGGUUGAAGCGUACUACAACUGCCAUGAAUGCGCAGAAACUUUCGCUUCCAGCGCAGCCUUUGGCGAGCAUCUGAAAAGCCACGCCAGCGUGAUCAUCUUUGAGCCAGCCAAUGCUCUCGGAGAGUGCUCUGGCUACAUCGAACGGGCCAGCACCAGCGCAGGCGGUGCGGAGCAGGCAGAUGACAAGUACUUCAAAUGCGACGUGUGCGGGCAACUCUUCAAUGACCGCCUCUCUCUUGCCAGACACCAGAAUUCUCACACUGGUUGAGUAUCCAGGCUGAGGAGAAAAAAAAGAACUAAGCCAAACCUUCCUCCCAAAACCAGACCCUUAAUAAAUCACAGAGAGAGCCUAAACCAACCCAAAAUGUCAAUAGGAAAUUCACCUUACCAUAUACAUACCGGACUUCACAUCACAGACUUUUACUCAGACUGAAAAACAGAAAGAGGUUGAAUGCAGAGACUCCUUCAGUCUUAGCCAUUCCCUAGCAAGAAGCAUCAGUGUAUACUUGAGAAAGCUAGAGCACACAUCUUCCAUUUCAUCUAAGUAACCAGAUUGAGGGAAAACCUAGUGACUAGCCAAGACCACAGAGGUUGCCCCAAUCGACUGUAAAUGAUACCCCUUUCAUACCCUAUACAUAAUGGUUCCUGCCGUGUAUAUAAAUGAGCAAAUCACAGCAAAUCAGUGAUACAUAUAUUUGGAUUUAGUGUGCUAUAGAAUUUUACAGUUUACUCUACAGAGCUACCUAGCCUGGUACUCUGAUUUUUUUUUUUUUCCCUGAGGAGGAAGAGAGCAACAAUUUAGCAUAUAUUUGUAAGUGUUGUCCAUCCUGCGGAAGCUUUACUGUGCAUUGUUUGAACCCCAUUAGUAUCCUUUCCAGUAAUGGACUAUUCCGUCCCCUACCUCUUAGAUAGUCCUGUGAAGGCGUGGGUGUGAAAGAUCAUGUGUCUUUGAAUCCUGGCUGUGUGAAAACGGACAUUUUAGCUUCCACAGCUAUUUGGUGUGCACCUAGCCCCCUUGAGACUGAUCAUGUAAUCCUUUACAGUACAUGGAUUUGUCUCUGUGACCCAAAUCAACCCAUCCCUACAUUUAUGUACCUUACAGUGGUUUUCAUGCAAAAAAAUUGUUACAUUUGAGAUGUUCUUUAAGGUUGGGUUUUUGUUUUCUAACCAACUCAUCGUGCGUUUGAUAGUGAAUUCAUGAAACCUGAAGCUUUUCCCUGUAAAUUUCAAUGUCUUUGCCUUUAAAGAGUGGGUGACAACCAUCGCUAGAUCACAGUAGUGCCUAAUGAAGGGUUGGGAGCCACAGGAGAGGCUCUUACAUUGUAAAUAAGGAAGCAGAUGACAACCUUUCAUUAACUGCUGUGUGCUUCCUGCCUUAAGUGACAAGUGGCAGCGUCGCUUGAGUCACCUGUGUGGUGUUGUAUUGUGCUUGCCACAAGUCAGUGUGCUCCCUGGGUGCCCAGGAGCUAGUAUCCUUAGAUCUUUGUAUCUCCAAACUUAAUCCCCCUGUUCUUUAUGUAUCUGUCAACCCCAAGUCUAUUGCAUUUUAAAAAAAAAGCAAAAACACACCCACAAAAAAAGCUUUCUUUAUAGUUAAUCCUAGCUUAACAUGGACUCAGGUUCCCCAGCAGCCUUAAUUUUUUUUCGUUACCAUUGUUCUUUCUCAUCAAGUCUCCUUAGUAUUUCUGAGCUUUCCAUUGAGUGUCCCAUCUGUCUCAAUGUCACCAGAUGUCACAAACUGACUUCCCAGCUUGAGAUUUUCUGCGUCCUAUACACGGACUGCUUGCGCUCCUUUACUUCCCCUCCCCUCAUGGCUAUAUAAAGACAAUUUUUUGGCCUUCAGUUGGCUGGGGAAAAAAAAAUUUAAAAAAUUAAAAAAUUAAAAAAAAAUAAAGCAGAUCUGUAGCCGAAAGAUCGCAUGAUAUGUACAGAUCAUCUGAGAACGUGAACAGAGUUUACCUGCUGGGGAAACCGGUCUGACUCUUAGUCUUCUAGAUCUGUAGGUCCGGGGCUCAUGGCAGAGUGUGUCAAAGCCUCAGUGAAUGCCAAAGCCUUCGGAGGUUGGAGACCUAAGAGCAAGAAAUAGAAAUGAGUGAGCCAAAGAAGGGAGUUCCAAGAUGACAGCAGAUCUAGGAAGGAGAUGAGACAGACUAAAGAAGAUAUCAGCAGCAGGGAUUGGAAGGUCAGGGUGGUAAAAACAAAUUGGAAAGAAGUGUCCUGGGUAGUUGGAAGAAAGGCCUUUUUGAUGGCAUCGUGUAGGUGAAGGCCAGCUGCAUAGAGAGAGCCCCAGGUUGGAACUGACAUCCAGGGAACCAGAGGGGCAGUGAUUUAUUGGUGAGGCACCCUUGAAAUGAAAGUCAGUGCCGUAGCUAUCUGGGUAACUGUGGGGACUCAGUAUCAGUGACAGUGUCACCCCCACUAGGCCCUUUUCAGAAAGAGACUAAUCAAGAAGUAUGAGUUGAGUGUCCACUCUUACCAUAACCAAGUGAGUAGAUCAGGAAUGAUUGAAAUGCCAGACUAUGGAAGAAUAGUUUAGUCAAAGUGCCCCUGGAUUCUCAUGCAGUUGUUCAAAAGUGACAACCACAAAGAGUUGUGAAGCAGAUAUUCACAGAGCAUGGAGUGGAGAGAGCAGGACACAAAAUUAUAUUUGUACUACACUUAUAACUGUUUUAAAAUGUACGCUUAUAGUCAAAAGCUAUUGUGUUGUUGUAGGCUUAUAGUCGAGCAUUAUUUUCUUAAAUUUCUAGAAUGUUCUUUAUGGUAGUGUUAUUCAAAAGUUAAGGAUCAUAUUUCCAUCGUGAACAUAAUUGGAACUCAUUACGAAACACUUGGAAAAUAACAGAGAAGUGGAGGAAAGAUAAUCCAUGUCCCCACCAUCCAAAGAUAGAUAUGCUCUUUAAUAUCUUGUUUAUUCUUGUUACUGUGCACAGGCUUAUAUAUUACAACUGUGUCAAAACGUGUAUUCAAGAUAGCUGUUCUAGUAUUUCCUGUGUAAUUACAGUAAAAUACCUUGAGGUUUUCCCUAUGCUCCUUGUAAUAGUCACCUGAUAAUAAAAGUUUAGUAUGUAAUGUCACCAUCAUAAGCAUACUAUGUACCCAAUGAAAAUUGGAAAAUACAGCAAAACUGAAAAGAAAAAACUGCCCACAUUCCCCACACCCAACAACCGUUAAGAUCUUCAUCUGUGUCCUUCAUUUCAUGUCAUUGCACAAAUUUGUGAUUAAAACAGUGUUAAAUAGAUUUGCGUAACGUCUAAAACAAAAAAAGUGUGGGAAACAAUUAAAAAUAGUGUUUUGGGGGGGGUUCAUGGUUAAAUAUUUUGUUCAAAAUUUCUUGAAUAAUCUUCAGUGUUUGGGUAACAAACUUUAUGUAUGUACUCUGCAUCAAAAAUGUAAGGCAUACUCAAAGAAAACUGGGAACUGAGGUGGAGAAAAACUGUAUUUCCAAUGAACUUCUGGUAACACCUGGAUCUGUGCACCAUGGGUGAGAAUGUGAGGUCGUCUGUGAUAAGUAUGUAGUGUCAACAGCAGGAAGAAAUGUGGAAAAGUGUGGAAUAGCAGGGCAGUGCUGGAGGGAUUACAGUGAAGUGUGUUUUCUCAGUUCCUUUGAGGGGUCUUUACCAUAGUGUUCUAGUAGGCUGCCCUUAUUGCUAAAUAUGCAGUAUGUGACCAUUCUAGUAGCCUUGAAGAUAUGGACAUGUAGAAGAGAAACUCACCCAUAUUUUCAUUACCCAAAGACUGUGUUAACAUCUCAAUUUGUUUUCCUUGUCUUGUUUCUGUGCACAGGCUUUUGGUUUGUUAAUAUGGCUGUAGUUGUUCUAUCUUGUAAUAGUGUCAACAAUAAAAAUAAAGUUAAAAAUAAGAUGA